AUGGGUGCUAUGAAGCGUCACCAGCUGGUUUCGUCCCUGGAGUAUCUCGCCCAGGAAACCACACAGCGACAGGUCAGCGGGGGUGAUCAAUCAACUCAGCAGCCGUCAUGCCCCAGACACGGUCGGUCAUUCGACUUGUACUGUGAACCGUGUCGAAUGGUGAUUUGUACGGGUUGUGUGGUUGAACAUGCGGGACACGCUAUGCGAGAUGUACCAUCUGCAGCUGAGAAAGACAAGCCAGCUGUUUUGAGCAGAACAAGUGAACUGGAGAAUAUCUUACAAGAAACCAAAGAAUCACUGUCAGGAGUUAGGAGGCUGCACAAAAUGAUACAGGAAAACCAGGAGCUUCACACUCAGGAAGUAGAAAAGGCUUAUUGUGCAGCCUUGGAAGAAUUACAAGCCUGGAGGCAGCACUCCUUAGACGGCAUAAGAACCCGCUAUUCACAGUGGAGUGUGGAGUGUAGUGCUAUACUCAAACAUUUACAGCUACAGGCCCAGGAAAUGGAGAGGAUGGUACCGACUUCCAGUGAUUUAUUAGCAUCAAUGGACGUGGACUUUUUGCACGUAAGUCAAGCAUGUAAGUCACAAUCUCUAACAUUAGUUCAGCUGCCUCUACUACAGACGUUACCUAAGACCCAAUCCAACAUUAGGAACUGUGAUCAGGUAUUCAAAUCCACCUCAUGCUGCCAGAUCUGCUAA